AUAAUCCGCGUGCAGUCACCGGAAGGGGUGAAGCGCAUCACAGCCACGAAGCGAGAAACGGUGGCGACAUUCCUCAAGAAGGUUGCAAAAGAAUUUGGUUUCAGGAAUAAUGGGUUUUCUGUCUACACCAAUAGAAACAGGACAGGAGAGAUCACAGCAUCACAAAACAAAUCCCUCAACUUACUGAAAAUCAAGCAUGGCGAUAUGCUGUUUCUCUACCCCUCAAGCCCGGCUGGCUCCUCCUCAGAGACCAUGGACACCUCUGUCUCCCAAGGCUUGCGGCCUGCGGGGGCCCCCCAGGUGGUGGAAGAUGAGAUUGACCAGUAUCUGAUCAAACAAGAUGGGAAGAUUUACCGAAAUCGAGACCAACAGCUGUGCCGCCACGGCCCCUUGGGUAAAUGCGUGCAUUGCGUACCGCUGGAGCCUUUUGAUGAGGAUUAUUUAAACCAUCUGGAACCUCCUGUGAAGCAUAUGUCCUUCCAUGCCUACAUCAGGAAGCUGACCGGAGGGGCAGACAAGGGGAAAUUUGUUGCCCUGGAAAACAUCAGCUGCAAGAUCAAAUCAGGCUGUGAAGGGCACCCUCCUUGGCCAGAAGGCAUUUGCACAAAGUGUCAGCCAAGUGCCAUCACCCUCAAUAGACAGAAAUACAGGCAUGUUGACAACAUCAUGUUUGAGAACCACACAAUUGCAGAUCGCUUCCUAGACUUCUGGCGGAAGACAGGAAACCAACAUCUUGGGUAUCUGUAUGGCCGGUACACAGAGCACAAAGACAUUCCUCUGGGGAUCCGGGCGGAGGUCGCUGCCAUCUAUGAACCCCCACAGAUUGGUACACAGAACAGCCUGGAGAUCCUGGAAGAUCCAAAAGCUGAGGUUGUGGAUGAGAUCGCUGCAAAGCUUGGACUGAGAAAGGUUGGCUGGAUAUUUACUGAUCUGGUCUCUGAAGACACACGAAAAGGGACUGUUCGAUACAGCAGAAACAAGGACACGUAUUAUCUAAGUGCAGAAGAGUGCAUCACAGCUGGAAACUUUCAGAACCAGCAGCCCAACAUCUGUCGCCUUUCUCCAGAUGGUCAUUUUGGAUCCAAGUUUGUCACAGUUGUGGCUACAGGUGGUCCCGACAACCAGGUCCACUUUGAGGGCUACCAGGUUUCGAAUCAGUGCAUGGCGCUGGUUCGAGAUGAGUGUUUGCUGCCCUGCCGAGACGCACCGGAGCUGGGCUAUGCCAAGGAGUCCAGCAGUGAGCAGUAUGUGCCUGAUGUGUUCUAUAAGGACAUAGACAAGUUUGGCAACGAGAUCACACAGCUGGCUCGCCCGCUCCCGGUUGAGUACCUAAUCAUAGACAUUACUACAACUUUCCCCAAGGAUCCAGUCUACACCUUUUCUAUUUCUCAAAAUCCAUUCCCCAUCGAGAACCGUGAUGUGCUGGGAGAAACUCAGGACUUCCACAGCUUGGCCACGUACCUGUCCCAAAACACUUCCUCCGUUUUCCUAGACAUCAUUUCCGAUUUCCAUCUGCUUCUUUUCCUGGUCACAAACGAGGUCAUGCCUCUGCGGGACAGCAUCAGCUUGUUGCUGGAAGCUGUGAGGACCAAGAAUGAGGAGCUUGCACAGACCUGGAAAAAAUCAGAGCAGUGGGCCACCAUCGAGCAGCUCUGCAGCACAGUCGGUGUCCAGAUCUCAGGACUACAGGAAUACGGUGCCAUGGGCGGCUCGACACACGCCGUGUCAGCGGCCAUGUGGGCCUGCCAGCACUGCACCUUCAUGAACCAGCCGGGCACGGACCACUGUGAGAUGUGCAGCCUGCCCCGGACCUAACCAUGCCGGCGUGGCGGCAGACUCCAAUACAGAGCAAACCCUUGA